AUGACGUCUACAAUGUCUAAACGGGGGCGUAUCUACACUGUCGAGGACGUCGCUGCACAUAAUACACGUCGUUCAUGCUGGGUAUCGCGAAACGGCAAAGUGUACGAUGUCUCAGGAUUCCUUGCCGACCAUCCUGGCGGAGACGACCUUAUUCUUAAUCACGCUGGGAAGGACGUGGGCUCUGUCAUGGCAGACAAGGAUGAACACGAGCACUCGGAGUCGGCAUAUGAGAUGCUAGAUGACUUUGUUAUUGGAAGACUUUGCGAGGGAGAAACGGUUGUCCGUGACGACUGGGUUGCAGAUGAUAAAUUCUAUCCUGAAAACACGGAUUCACUGGAAGACUUUGAAAAGAAUCAGUUUCUCGACCUUCGUAGACCCUUGAUGCGUCAAGUAUGGGAAGCUAAUUUUAGCAAAUCCUACUACCUCAAGCAGGUACACCAGCCUCGUCAUCUGCCCGAGCCAGUACGUCUGUUUGGUCCCGCCUACCUUGAAAUAUUUACUCGAACCAAGUGGUAUGUCGUACCGAUCGUCUGGCUUCCUAUUGUCUUCAACCUCUUCCUGCGCUCGGCGCUCGGUUUCUCACGUCCACUGCCAAACUUCGUUGUCGCGCCGCUCUUUCCUUUCUCUGCUUCCGUAAUAGCAUCCAUUACACCAACGGCUCUCGCGGCCACCGUAACAUGCUUCCUUGCAGGAAAUGUCAUCUGGACGAUGCUGGAAUACUCGUUGCAUCGGUUUUUGUUCCACAUCGAUGAGCUGCUGCCUGAUCGGCCGAUUGCGAUUCUUCUGCACUUCAUGUUGCAUGGGAUCCACCACUAUGUGCCAAUGGAUAGGUUAGUAGCUUGGAUUAUGCUUCGUCUUGUGAUGCCCCCAGUGCUGUUUUCAGCACUUUCAUUCCCUUUUACGCGGCUCGCAUACUACCUCUUUCCGACGGCCAUGGCAAAUGGUGUCAUAUCUGGUGCCUUCGCAUUCUACGUACUUUAUGACUGUAUGCACUAUGCCCUGCAUCACACAGCACUUCCGGCGUACAUGCGCGAGAUGAAGAAGUACCAUCUUGCUCACCACUACAAAAAUUUCGAGCUUGGUUUUGGUGUGACCAGCAAGAUUUGGGAUUACGUCUUCAACACCGUGCUCCCCCUCUGA